AUGCCAGCUUUAACACGCUGUCUCGCAACGCGACGAAUAGCGCCGUAUCAUGGGACCACGCGGAUCCUCGCAUCAACAGCUGUGCGAUGGGUACACUCGUCCUUGAACAACAGCAUCGGCAUCCCCAUCGACAAGUCCACCUCUUCUGCACUCCCUCGGCAACCGCCGCGAAGAUGCCACACCACACUAGAGCCAACCCCUCGAUGGCUUCCGACUUGGCCUCAUACUUCACUCGGUCGCGAACGACGAUGCUUAUUCAAGAACGGCAAGACACUAAGCUCGAGAAACCGGCGGCUAUUCCACAACUACUUCGUCACCCACCUGCCAUCCUCUUCCCUACACCCUGACUCCCGAACGUCAUCAGGGCCCGGGCACAAGCUUCCCCGCGAUGCUUCGACUCCCCACAAAGUGACGCCGGGAUCUUCUCCAGUCGCCGCAGCCCUCAACAUGCCUAGCCGGGAUCUCACCGUGGUACGGAUCCCGCUCAAGAGAGCGAAACACCACUUCGGUGUCUUCUCCUCAAGGGGCCAGCGUUCGUACAAUGAGGAUACAAACCAAGCCGGCACAAUUAGCAUGCCAGCGUUUGCUAAAAGAGCCCCUAUUAGUCUUCAGAGGCGGCCGAUUCAAAAACCAAACGAGGCUACGUCUGCUGACAGCGCACUUGGUGACCCACAGGUCUUCUACUUUGGUAUAUUCGACGGACAUGGCGGAUCUCAGUGCGCCGAGUUCUUGCGCGAUGAGCUGCACGGCUACAUUGAACAGUCCUCUGCAGAAUUUGGACUCCAGAGCAGCCUGGCAAGGAGUCAGGCACCAGAGACGGGUCGCAAGGAAGAAGACCCUAACGAGGAGCUGUUUAUGAAGACCGAAGAAGAUAUCAAGGACGAUAUACGUGUUCCCGAGCAAGAUAAGCAUGGUGUCCUGACAAAUCCCGAAAGGGAGGAGCCCAUGAAAGGGGCCGAGCCAGUCUCGGCCAAGGUGGAAGAUAUUCCGAAAGCUAUCAAGUUGGCGCAGGCCCUCGUGGAAGAGUAUCGGCAGACUGUCGGAGGAUACUUCAGGCGCUUUAACCCCGAGUACUUCCAACUGUCUGAAGGGGAGAUGGAUGGCAUCGAUGAGCCCAGAGUUACAGUCGAGUCCGUCCUCAUGUACGCUUUUCUUAGGGCAGACUUGGAUUUCAUCUCAGCGCAGGCCCGAAAACCCGAUCCCGAUGAUCCUCAGGCAAAUGACCGCCCCGUCAACAAUGAUGAGAUUCUCGGAGUUCCACACAAACCACCAUCAGGCCAUGGCAUUGGUGGUCCGGCGCGCUUCAAGGGCGGAUCGACAGCAUCAGUGGCUCUCAUCUCGACACCUACGCCAGCACCAUUCUGGCACCCCAAUGCCCAGUCUACCCUGAUUGUCGCUCAUGUGGGCGACACCCGUAUACUUCUCUGCACAACCACUACCGGUCUCGCGCAGCCCCUGACGUCAGACCAUCACCCGACGACGCCCACCGAGAGCCGUCGUCUACGCCGCUAUGCGCCGGCCGGGUCCAUGGUCUCCGCAGAUAGCUUCGGGGAGGAUCGAAUCGCAGGUCUGGCCAAUAGUCGCGCAUUCGGCGACAUGCGAAGCAAACGUAUUGGCGUAUCAGCCGAACCAGAAAUCACCCGCGUCGAAAUUGGCCCCGCGCAGUAUUCGUUCCUAGUCCUCAUGAGCGACGGCAUCUCGGGCACGCUCAGCGACCAGGAGAUUGUCGACGUCAUCAAGGAGGCCAGGACGCCCGAAGAGGGCGCCAAGGACGUGGUCAACUAUGCCACCGAGGUUUCCCACGACGGCGACAACGCCACCUGCCUGGUCGUCAGACUCGGCGGGUGGGAGCGUAGGUCGGAGGGCGGAGUCGGCAGUCUCGGCACCAAGGAGAUCCGCGACAAGAGGAGGGCGGAGGCGUUGGAUCCCCGACGCGGCAAGCAGUGA